AUGCGGCACGUGGCAAGUCUGUUGAGGAUGGCCCCAGGCCGUUGUUCGUUCUGGUCGCAGCUGCGUUUUAUGUCUUUUACCUCAUAUCAACUGCAGGGAACACGUAGUGGACAUUACCGCCCCUUCACCUCGGAGGAUGAGGCGCAGCUGGUGGCAGUACUCACAACGAAGCCGCGGCACGUUGCCCGGUAUGUGCGCCAGUCGAUGCUUCACUCCCGACGCAGGAUAACGCAGUUUCGCAACAGCGUGACCUUCUUGAUGAUUGCACUGCAGUCCAAGCUACAAAAGGGUGAGAUUACUCCGGGCGAUGCGUCGGCGCUGGCGGAGAGUCUCAUGCGUGAAUGCGUUGAGAUGCGCCAGGGGGACAUGGCGCAUCUGCUUUUUCGUGCCUCUAUUCGUUUUCGGAAGUAUGGCAUGACGAUUGGAUUUCAGUUGGUGAAGCAUCUCUUUGACUCCUACCGUACCGAUAACGCGAAGGACCUUAUGAAAAACAUGGCGGAUGAAUUACGCGGCGAAGAGUCCCUCAAGAUGAUUGCUGUACUGGCAUAUCAGUUUGCCGGGCAAUUUAAAGAGGCGCAUACUCUGCUUCAGGAGAUUCCAGAGGAGCAGCUUAAAACCUCGGACUACACCGCACUCAUAGAGGCAUAUGGCAUGACAUCCAGGUACAAUAAAAUCAUGAAACUCGUGCAACAUCUUAUCGCAAUGGAUGGUCCAAGCCGGGAUUCUCUAGAUUUUGAUGUCAUUUUCUCUACAGGUCUUGUAGCAACCCGUGGGGAUGCCGAUGAAAUGGAAAACCUGAAGAAUAUGGCUAUGAAGCUUAAAAUAAAGCUUUCAGAUCAGGCUAUAGGGGCGAUGAUGCGCUCUCGCUUACAAGGUGCAAGGUCGGUGGCGGAAAUGUACGAGAUAGAGGCGACCCUUCGCGAGGAGCUAGCGGUGGAAACUCUUGGCAUGGCUGCGGAGACGGCGGUUAUUGCAAAAUGCAGCGAACUACUUUCACGAGGACAAAAGUCUGGAGAUGAUGUCAUGCUGCAAAAGGUGCAGCACUUGGAGAGUGUCCUGGAGGAGUGCGUGCAGAAUGACACAGUGGAUGAGAUGGAGCCGGCCUACCUGCUUUCUUUGAUCAAGGGCUACGGCGUGUUGGGUCGGUUUGAGGAUAUGAGGCGGUGUUUUACCUCCUUUAAGGAUGCUGGGGUGGUGCGGGAUCAUCGCCUCUACGACGAGAUGCUGCGCUGGUAUGCGCACGCCUACAACCUGAAGGAAGUGAUCGCCCUGAAGGAGGAAAUGCAGGAGAAGCAGAUAUUUCACACCGCCCAGACGUAUCAGCAUGUGUUUCGUGUUCUUGACAAGUAUUAUCCUCGAAUGGUGGAAAAGUAUGUGAAUGAAAUGCGUAGUAAAGGCAUUCAGAUUGAAGCUUUCAUGUAUCCAACGCUACUGCGUGUGUUUGGGGAAUUGCAGGAUUUUACCAUGGUGCAGCAGCUUUAUCGUGAAAUCAAAGGCAAGGUGGCUAUGGGCAGCACAAACGUCUUCUCCGCCGCCGUUGUCGUCCAGCUUCUAAAGACGUAUCAAAAUGAUAUGGAGCGUUGCAAUUCCAUCAUUCAUGAAGCUGAAAAUCAUGGUCUUUUGGCGAAUGAGUUUGUGCAGGCGGAGAUUGUGCAAUUCUACUCUAUUCACAAUCGUUACGAUCACCUCCAUGCAUUGGUGUCACGUCUGCCGUACAAGUCACCCGACAUGUAUCGUGUACUACUCCGCGAUGCUGCAAAGAGGAAAGACCGUCGUGCCUUUAAUACACUUCUGCAGGAGAUGCAUGAAAAUCGUGUUGUUAUCAAUGAGCGUAUGUUUAGCGUAGUCGUUGCAGCGUUGGGACGCUUUAAUGACUUGGAGGGUGUUAAGCGUUACUUUCACGAGGCCCUCAUGAAUGACGCAAUUCGAACCCCACUUUUUUUUGCUAUUGCCGCCUCUGCCUUUGCUCGCCUGGGUGACACGCAGGCAGUGGAUGAAUGUUGGAAUGACCUAGUGUCGUCGAAGGUGACCAUUACUAUGCCUGUGUACAACAAGUUUCUCGACCUCUACAUGGCGAACAACAACGUCGAAAAGGUGCAGCAGAUCCUGAACACCAUGAUGAAGCUUGUGCCGCCCAACCCCGUCACAGCCACAACCGUUGUUGAUAUGCUUGGCAAGAUGGGACGCCUUGACGAGAUGGAAUCGGUCUUGGAGGAGAUGUCGCACUCUACCAAUGCGGUUCCAACACAGGUGACGUAUCACCAGGCGAUGAACGCCUACGCAAAGACCGGUGAUGUGGCAAAGAUGGAGGCCAUGCGGGCGAAGAUGAAGGAGGAAGGCUUUCAAGAAAACCACGUCACAUUCAACAUUAUUUUUGAGGGUUAUGGGCGCGCGAAACGAUAUGAGCACAUUAAGGAGUUGGUAGAAGAACGAAGAAGCAAGCAAAUCCCCAUGGAAGAGUUUGCCUACGUGGGACUUCUCAACAUUUACUCACGUGCACGCAUGGUGGAAGAGACCUCGAAGCUUGUGGAGGAGAUGGUUGCAAGUGGUGUUCCCUUCACAAGUCGAAUGUUGGCGACCGUGGCAACCUCCUUCAGCUACAUUGGUGACAUACCAAAGAUGGAGCAUUACAUCUCUCUCCUCCUCUCCCACCCCGACUGCCGUCAGCGCGAUGUGGAGUCGAUUUACCUCAUCUACUCCAAGAUGCGGGACACCGUCAAACUACAGCAGUUACUAGACACAGAGAAGCUGACCAAGACGCAGUUUGUUUACAAUGUCUGUGUGGCGGCAUUUGCGCGGUCGGGUGAGCACACCAAGGUGGCGUCUCUUUUGACACAGAUGGAAGAGAAAGGGUUCUCCCUCACACGCAACACAAGCGUGACACUUAGCUCUCUCCUGCUCAAGGCUGGAAAACUGGAGUUGGCGCAGACAGUGCUGAAAUGGAAGGGAUGCGCUCCGCAUGGGAGCGAAGAGGAAGGGAAUGACGUGAUAGAAGAUGACUCUGUACUCACGCCUCUGGGUAAGGAUACCUUUCCGUCUGACGGUUUGGGAACGGCAGAUGAUAAAGCAGCUCUUGCUGCCUCUGAUGGUGGUGGUGGUGGUGGUGGUGGUAGUGUGGAUGCAGUCUAA